GACUCGUCGAUGCUAGCUACAAUUGGCUGACUGUGCAGCAUGAAUCUCAAGCUAACGACAAGUACUUGCAAGCGCGUACUGCUACCUCUUUUAUAGAAUGUAGCCGAAAUCAGUGCAUUUGUUACCCUCAGCUAAACCAGUAGGGAUAAAUGUGGCCGUGGGAUGAGCAAUAAUUGACUUUUUACCCGAUUGACAUUGCCUUAAAAAGACAUUACGGUUCCAAAAGGAGGCUUGAGGAAGAGGCCCCACUUUCGACUACCACUGGUCGGAGCAGGUCGCCGCUAAGAUUGCGAGCGUCAAUUAGUGCCGCUGGCUAGUCGGUGUAUGGAGGCCUGGCGAUAGGCCUAUGCUGUUUCAGCCAUGCCAUCGCGAUCAAGGGCAGCACGCAGCUCAGCGGCACCAUCAACACUGCACGCACACAUCAUCAAGCUCGUGUUUUUCGUGUUGACGUUUCUCGUGUUUGUGAUUCUGCAAAACUCGCUGGUGUAUUUUGAUAAAAUAUGGAGCCAAUUUCGACUCGAACUGACUGGAAUCCCGUGGUGGAUUAUAGUUUUGGCAGCUAUUGGCACGUUAACAAUAUUCUGGAUACUUUUUUUAGGAGUCGACCAAUUAAUUAUGAGGAUAUCAGGACACUAUCGAAAUGACUGCGAAACCCUGAGCUCGGAUUUGGAGUCAGACGAUAAUUCGGAUGUCGAGGAAGGGCUCUUACAAAAAAAGUACAGCAAGGAACCUUUGAAUAAAAAGGCACACACGUGCUCACAAAAACCGUCUCACUCAGCCAGAAGUUUCGCGGGAAAGGAAAAACGGCCUGGUGAAGGUCAUUCAAGGUCUCAGGAUGGGUCCCAGGGAAACAACUAUGGAAUCGUUCAACAAUCAACCGGAGAUCAACAGGGGAGUGAAAAAAAAGAUCAGGAUUCGCAAAAUCCCACGGAUGUCGAUGUAGCCGUCCGUCCUGUCGACACAACUAUUGCAGCUGGCGGCGAGGCGCGGGUAUCACCAACCUACAAUGUGUCUCUGAUGAGCUUCUCAAAUGAUAACGCACAAGAAUCCGGUUAUUUGUACGGGUCCAAUCGUCCCUACAAUCCGAUGUAUCCUUCGGCUCCAGCAAUGAUGCAAAGCGCGCCGGCGUGCUUUAAAAGAAGCUUUUAAUUCAAAAUAUUGUUAAUAAAAAAAAUAUGAUAAAAUUAGAAUAUGGUAACAGUAAGCUGCUGUUGAUCAGCUAAUAAAGUGCUUGAUUUUUAGGCUAAACGCAUGCUUCUUUUCCCAUCCCUUCGAUUAGUAUAGUUGAUAAAAAUUUAUACGACACCAGUGUUGAAAUUUGCAGAGCCCGUGUAGAGGUAAUUUAGUGAAGGCAAUAGGUCAACGGACCUGCUGGAAGCAUUUUUAAAGAAAUACUUUGAACAAAUAAAUAAAUCAGCUAAAUACUCUC